GUCUGAUUGUCAAGAGAUUGUUUUGGAAUGGUUAUCGACAGCUAUGCGGUCGGCAAAGGUCUUUAUAGUAGAUUAUGACAAAAACCUACAUAGAAUUAAAUUAAGAUUAAGAAAAGCUGACUCGCGUUCGCUACCAGACUAUACCUCUCCUCCUGAAAACGUUCUCGAAGUUGACACAAAUGGAAUCGACGUGCAUUACUUCGUGCAAGAGAUCACCGAGUGGCAUAACUUCAGAAGGUUCCUGAUUGGGUUUUUGUGUGCGAGGGAUCUAUCGCUUGUUUUGAGGAUAAUUCCGCCGGAAAAGGAGCCGUUGGAUUAUAUUGGGAACGAAAUAACCUCCCGCACGAUAUGGGAAAAGGUGGAGAUCGAAAACAUGAUGUCUUGGCUUUCCACUCUAGGAGGCGGGUUUUCUGCUCUUGGAGACAGUUUUGUAAAUUGCGCGGAAAUCGCACGUAAGAUAUCCCUAAAACAGCUGGCGCUAGGAAUAAGGAUCGGCGACCCGUUUAUCCAGGUCCGAUGCAAGCUAUUCUACAGCAUUUCACUGAUUCAGACGGGGAAACUGCGUCUAGCGAGGCAUAUCAUUGAGUCGCAAUACAAAUUUGCAGUCAAGUAUGCGGAAUACGACGCACGCCUAGUGAAAAUGUGUCAGGGGAUUUGGCUGAAGUUGCAAUAUGAACACAAGAAAGGUCGCCAUCGAAGGAAGCUGAAAUAUAACAACAAAUUAGCAAGAUAGCUUUGGUGUGGAUGUUGCGCUUUGUUAUAUUGUUACUGGUGGUUGAUUAAAGUGAUAAUAGCUAGGUA